AUGUCUGCUAUGAGCAACAGCUCAGAUGUAACUGAGUUCAUCCUGAUAGGAUUUCCGGGCUCCCUGGGGCUCCACCUCAGUCUUCUAGGGCUCUUCCUGCUGGCUUACAUGCUGACUGUCACGGAGAACUUGCUCAUCAUCACUGUGAUUCGCACCAGCCCCUCCCUGCACAAGCCUAUGUACCUCUUCCUCAGCAACCUGUCCUUCCUAGAGGUGUGGUACAUCUCUGUCACAGUGCCCAAGAUGCUGCUCAGCCUGGUCUCACCCAAGUUCCAGCGCAUCUCCUUCACAGGCUGCAUGGCGCAACUGUACUUCUUCUUGGCACUGGCCUGCACCGAGUGUGCCCUCUUGGGUGUCAUGGCCUACGACCGUUAUGUGGCCAUCUGCAACCCGCUUCGCUACCCAACCAUCAUGAGCCCUGGCCUCUGCAGCCUACUGGCUGGCGGCUCCUGGUUCUCUGGCUUCACCAUUUCCCUGGGGAAGGUCUUCUUUAUUUCUCGCCUGGGCUACUGCGGCCCCAACAUCAUGAACCACUUCUUCUGCGACGUGUCCCCACUGCUGAACCUCGCCUGCUCUGAUAUGUCCGUCGCGGAGCUCGUCGACUUCCUCCUGGCACUGCUCAUCCUGUUGGGGCCCCUGGUGUUGACUGUCUUCUCCUACACAGCCAUCCUCAGCACGGUGCUACGCAUGCCGUCCACUGGUGGCCGGCAGAAGGCCUUCUCCACCUGUGCCUCGCACCUGGCCGUGGUGGUCAUCUUCUACUCGGCGUCCCUGUUCAUCUAUGCCCGGCCACGUGCCAUCUACUCCUUCGACUACAACAAGCUCGUGUCGGUUGUCUACACAGUGCUCACACCCCUAAUCAAUCCCAUCAUCUACUGCCUUCGGAACCAGGAGGUCAAGCAGGCGCUGCACAAGGUGCUGCAGCAGGCGGCCCAGGUUCUAGGAGCCUCCUCCUAG